CUUCCCCUUUUUUUCUAAACAUUAUCCAUCAUGUCUUCACGUAUCUUUACUACUGCUCUUCGUAGAGCUGCUAGCUCUUCUACUGCUGCUCGUCUCAGUGUCAUGACUGCUGUCAGACCUGCCUUUAGAUCCACUGUCAUGAAAGCGACUACCAUUGCUCCUACUGUUCAAUCUCGUGGUUUGAAAACACUCGACUUUGGCGGUACCAAAGAAACUGUCUAUGAACGUUCUGAUGUCCCCAAAGAAAAGCUUCUCGAAACCUUCAAAGACGAUACCAUUGCUGUUCUUGGUUACGGUCCUCAAGGUCGUGGUCAAGCUUUGAACUUGAGAGAUAACGGUGUCAAUGUCAUUAUCGGUCAACGUGAAGGUAAAACUUUCCAACAAGCCAUUGAUGAAGGUUGGGUUCCCGGUAAGAACUUGUUCCCUGUGUUGGAAGCAACUGAAAAGGGUACGGUCGUCAUGAACUUGUUGUCCGACGCUUAUCAAAAGGAGAUCUGGCCUCAAAUGAAGCCUCUCAUCACUCCCGGCAAGACCCUCUACUUCUCGCACGGUUUCUCUAUCGUUUACAAAGAUCAAACCAACAUUGAAGCCCCUGAAGGCGUUGACGUUGUUUUGGUGGCACCCAAGGGUUCUGGUUUCACCGUCCGUCGCUUGUUCCAAGAAGGCCGUGGUAUCAACUCCUCCUUUGCUGUGUACCAAGAUGCCAGUGGCAAGGCCAAAGAUCGUACCAUCGCUUUAGGUAUCGGUAUCGGUUCUGGCUACAUGUACGAAACUACGUUUGAAAAGGAAGUGUACUCUGAUUUGUUUGGUGAACGUGGUGUGUUGAUGGGUGCUAUCCAAGGUUUAUUCCAAGCUCAAUACGAAGUCCUUCGCGCCAACGGCCACUCUCCCUCGGAAGCCUUCAAUGAAACCGUAGAAGAAGCGACACAAUCUCUGUACCCUUUGAUCGGUGAGCGUGGUAUGGACUGGAUGUACUCCAACUGCUCCACCACCGCACAACGUGGCGCCUUGGAUUGGUGGAGACCUUUCCAUGAUGCCUCCAAGCCUGUCUUUGAACAACUCUACAAGUCUGUGAGGGAUGGUUCAGAAACCGCACGUUCCUUGGAUCGUAACUCUCAACCUGAUUAUCGUGAAAAGUUGGAAGAAGAGUUGAAGGAAAUCCGUGAAUCAGAAAUCUGGAGAGCAGGAAAGACGGUUCGUCAACUCAGACCCGAAAAUGUUGGAAAAGAUUAAACGAUACAAUGUUUUUCUACCCUUUGCCUUAGACUCGACAGAUGCUAUUCCAUCUGACUUUCUUUCUAUUUGUACAUUUUAAACAAAAAAAUGACUUGUAACCCACCCCCUUCAUUCUUCCUUUCUAUCGCGCCUUAUGUAUUCCUCUCACCUUUUUAUUGUCAUGACUAAAAAAUAAACAAACCAUUUUGCUAGAUUAUCUUGAAAUUUUCGAGUCAAUGGACAUCGCGUAUAGUGUAUGAAUAUAGAAUGGACUGGUACUCUCUGAUACACUUUGGUUCAUCCAAAGUGGGGCCACUACUGAAUUCUUAUACACAGACAAGGCUCUUUACGUUCACUACAACUUUUCCAUCACAUCCACGCUAAAAAUUCAUCCCUCUCCAUUGUCACUUGUUACUGUACAUUGAAUAAUGACGAC